GAGGUUGAGAAGGGAAAUGAAGGCGGAUGGGGAACAGGACAGGUGGUGGCUCCAGGGGAAGAAAGGUGACUUUACUGCCCAUCUUGGUGGACUCCCUGGGAGGUAAAAAAAAAGAGAGAAAGCUAUUUUUUUUGCAAAAGAAAGGCACUAGGACCCAGUGCUUAGCUGCCUAUCUGCGGCUGGGAGAAGGGAAGAGUAGCCUUGGAGGUUGUUGCUGAAGCUAGUGGGCAAGGAGGCGAGGGGCGGGCGGUCGAGCAAUCGCAGCCCCUGGCAGACAGACAGAUACAGAUAAGGCAGCAAAAAAAAAUUAAAUUAGAUACGAUACAAUCAAUGCGAGGAUGCGGAGAAUCCGUGCAAAUGCAAUCGUCCUGCUGACUGUAGCCUGGAUCCUGGGCAUGUUGUAUUACUUGUGGCAUGACAGCAGACCUUACCCGAAACAAGGCAGCAGCAGCAGCAGCAGCGGCAGAAACGUACAGAAACCCAUCAGGUUGGAGAGCAGCAGAGAGGAUAGGACUGUGGUGCAAGUGGUAACAAAGGCACCGUGGCUGGACGACCACAAGUUAAAGGCAUUUGACGAGCAGGCUUAUCUGGCCAGGAAGCAACUCAAUCCUGGCGCCGAUCCCUAUGGGAAUCAUGCCUUCAACCAGCAGGAGAGUGACAAGCUGGCCAGCGACCGACCCAUUCGCGACACAAGGCACUACAGAUGUGCUUCUGUUCAAUACAAUAAGGACUUUCUAUCAACCAGCAUCAUCAUCACAUUCCACAACGAGGCUCGCUCCACUUUACUCCGCACAGUGAAGAGCAUUCUCAACCGCAGUCCUCCCAGUUUAGUCCAGGAAAUCAUCCUCGUUGAUGACUUCAGCACAGACCCGGAGGACUGUCAACUUUUGACCAAGAUUCCCAAAAUAAAGUGUUUAAGGAACACGAGACGGGAAGGGCUGAUUCGCUCCCGUGUUAAAGGGGCGGACGCUGCCACGGCGGAAGUCCUGACGUUUCUGGACAGUCACUGUGAGGUAAACAAGGACUGGCUUCAACCAUUGCUACAAAGGGUUCAUGAGGAUUAUACCCGGGUGGUCAGUCCCAUCAUAGACGUCAUCAGCCUGGACAACUUUGCCUAUCUGGCUGCAUCGGCUGAUCUCAGAGGAGGGUUUGACUGGAGUUUGCAUUUUAAAUGGGAGCAGAUGCCAAUCCAGCAGAAGAUGGCAAGGACUGAUCCAACACAGUCCAUCCGGACCCCGGUCAUCGCUGGAGGAAUUUUUGUCAUGAAUAAAUCUUGGUUCAACCAUCUUGGCAAAUACGACACUCAGAUGGACAUUUGGGGUGGGGAGAAUUUUGAGCUCUCUUUCCGGGUCUGGAUGUGCGGAGGAAGUCUAGAGAUUGUGCCCUGCAGUCGUGUGGGGCAUGUCUUCCGCAAACGACAUCCAUAUGACUUUCCUGAGGGCAAUGCUCUCACUUACAUAAAGAACACCAAACGCACGGUGGAAGUGUGGAUGGAUGAUUAUAAACAGUAUUACUAUGAAGCCAGACCAUCUGCUCUUGGAAAAGCCUAUGGAAACAUUGCAGAGCGAGUGGACCUACGCAGGCGACUGAGGUGCAAUUCCUUCCAGUGGUACCUGCAGAACGUGUACCCGGAGCUCAGGAUUCCGGAAAAGGAGGUGUCGGAGAGAGCAGUGGUCAGGCAGGGGGAGAAAUGCCUGGAGGCUCAGGACUUGCACAGAGUGGUGUCAAUCAUCGCCAGCUUGAGGCCGUGCAAAGGAUUGCAGAGCAACCUCCUGUUUAGCCAGGAAUGGGUACUUUCGGGUCCUCUGAUCAAACACCAAGACAAGUGUCUGGCUCUCACCAACUUCUCUCUAGGGUCACAGGUGAUACUCGACUUGUGCAAUCCACAGGAUGGCAGACAGAAAUGGAAAAUAAAAGGAUCGUCUAUCAUGCAGUUGGUGACAGGGGCAUGUCUGGAUAGCCAGGUGGAGACAGAAAAAGACCGGGUGGGAACAACAUCUUGCCAACCUGACCUCGCCAGCCAACAGUGGGAACUAUUGCAAGUCACGUGACACCAGAGGUUGGAGCCUCCCCGAUAACCGUGCAUGGACUUUGAAAUGAAAUGUUUUUAAUUUGUACGUUUUCACUGUAGGCUUGAGAUAAGAAGCUCCAGAGUCAAGGCACCAGCUGUGUGAACUCCAGCUGUCAAAAUGCACAAAUAGUGAAUUUCCGCAACAGCCUAAGACACAGCCGAGCACUGAAAGACCUGGAAUUGAGUCAGGAUACAUCGCGUAGAGGUGGACUGUAUGACAUCCUACUGUAAAGUCACAGGAUAUUACUGCAGCCAUCUAUUUUCUUCCUGAAGGACAAUGUCACCCUCACUGCAGUUGGUCAGCUGAAUCAUCACCUACCAUCACUUCCACUC